UGCAUUGACAGGCGAGCAUUGUUCAAAAUCGUUACUUCUUGGUUACCGUGCAGUUUGAUGCUUUGACGAAAGACGGUAUAAUUUCGGCCAACUGCGUCUGUGUUUUUGAGGAUGAGUUCUGUCGAUGUGAAUGAUGAGAAUUGUGGGGUCUGCCCCAUAGGAAAGCAGAACAGUGACAUUUUUGCCUUGGAUCAGCCAACCGGGAGGCCCUCCAUCCUGCGUCAGACAGAGAACCUGCCCAGCAAGACUGUGCCAAAGGGGACCAAGGUUUGUUUUCAGACUCCACGAAGAGACCCUCUGACUAAAAGAAUUGUAUCUCCCACCAAGUCUGUCAAGAUGGCAAGUGUGGAUGAGUGUACUAAAGCAAUGGAGUCCCUAAAUCUGGAUAAAACAAAUACUUUGCCACUAGAUGCCACUGAGCAGUCCAAUGAGCCCAAACAAGAAGUGUCAUCCUAUCCAGAUGAUGACAUGCCGAUACAAAGCAAGGGAGGCUAUCAGUUGGAUUUUGACAACCUGGACGCUAUCAAUCCAUUUCAGGGGUCUAAUAAGAUGAUCCUCUCUCCUGCAAGGCCUGCUGUUGAAAACCAUCCUACACAUCAAACUGAGCCUCAGCACACAAAACCAGAAAAUAUUUUGGCGGAGUCCACCAAUGUCGAAUCGGCACUAGACGAGACCCUUCCCUUCACCCAGUCUGUGGAAAACUCACUGGCUGACGUCUCCACUGACAUCAGCUCUACAGAGAGCAGUGUGGUCACAGUGCUGAAGGUCCCAGCGAUCGAGGAACCAGAUUCAUGUGCUGCCACACCCGAUGAAAAACAACCUGCUAAAAUGUCUCUAAAUGCUGAUGAAGACAAAGUGUCAGGCAGUUUUGUGGAGGACGCUCCACUGGCAGUAAAAGGUUCAUACACCUUGGAUUUUGACAACCUUGAUGCAAUUAAUCCUUUCCAAACUGGAGGCUCAAAAAUUCAAAAUUCCCCUGUCCUUGGGAGAAAGGUGCCAGAAAAUAAUCCGCCUGUUGAGGAUACACAAAUAAAUGAAAAUAAGCCCACAACUGUUGUUGACAUACCGGAGGCAGCUCCAGAGGUGCCUAUUGAGCCUGAGGUGAAACCCAUCGCUCCGGUGUCCCCAAUCUCAACUAAUGCUGCCAAACCUUCAGAUGCUGAAUGCACGUCCCAGCCAUCUGAUGCCCCCAACAAGGAGGGACCAGUCAAACUUGAGUUCAAUUUCGAUGACAACUGUGAGGUCAAGCCGAAACCGCCACCCAAGAAAUUUGGCAAAAGGCCACCUGGUCUAAAACCUAAAGCAGGAAAGCCAACAUCUGACGUCAAACCACUAAAAGAAACUGCGGUGAAGCCUGAUGCAAGUGAUGUUGCUGAUGUUCCAGUUCCCAAAGGGUCUUACUCAUUUGACUUUGAUGAGUUUGACGACCCAAACUUCAAUCCCUUUGGCACAAAAUCAAUAAUGAACAACUCUCCAAAGUCGAGCAAGAAAUCCAACCCGGUGCUCAUGGAAGCCCCCAUUCCAGAGAAAACUGACAAGCCUGUGGAGAAGGAAGCUGUAUCACCAGCAUUCACCGCGGAGAGUAUCCCAGCUGCUGAACCCAGCCCUGAAGCGAAUGCUGAACACAAGGCUGCCUCAUACCAGGGAUUUCAACUUGAAGCUCAACAACCCGUGGAGAGUCUCCCAGAGCUUUCUGAAUUGUGUAAACCUGAGCAGAAGUCCCAGAUGUCAGAAUUCAAUGACGAGUUUGUUCCUGGAACUAUGUUCAUGGCCAAUGAUUUUGAUGGACAGAUCGAUUACCUUGAACAGUUUGGGUCCAGCAGUUUCAAGGAGUCUGCAUUGAGGAAACAAUCCUUGUACCUUAAAUUUGACCCCCUCCUGAGAGACAGUCCAAAGAAGUCGGCCGGCCCAGCUGCUCAGGCCCACGUCCCUCACCCCUCUGCCUUCCUUUCACGGCUUGACACUACACAGAUGGCACAAAAAGAGACUGCAAAUGCACCACAAAAGGACGAUUCCAAACCAUUUGAUGAUGCUACAGUGCCACCUCCUUCGAUCCUUGAGAGCCACGUCCCUCCUUUCCCCCAGCCAGCAGACACAGAGGACACCAUUGUUGAAGUGCUGAAGUACAGUCAGAAAGACAUGGAUGCAGCCACCGCCAAGGUUCAGGCAGAAGCAAAGGAAAAAGAGGAGCAAUGGAGUGCAAAGUAUAAUAAGCUUCUUGACGAUGGUCAAGAAAUGAGGAAAAUAAUUGCAGAAUUUGAGCUCAUUAUAGCUAAAAUGAUGGCUGAUCAAGAGAAUGAGAGGGAGGUGUCCCAGGCGAAGCUCAAUGAGGCCCUGCUGGAGAAGGAUCAAGUGUCCAAUGAGCUGAACGCCAUGGAGAAGUCUUUCUCCGGCCUUUUCAAGAGACUGGAGAAGCAUAAGGAAAUUAUUCAAGGUUACAAGAAGAAUGAAGAGACACUAAGGGCUUGUGCUCAGGACUAUCUGGCAAGAAUCAAAAAGGAGGAGCAGCGCUACCAGACCCUUAAAGCCCACGCUGAGGAGAAAAUUGGCCAUGCAAAUGAAGAAAUUGCUGAAGUGCGGUCCAAGAACAAGGCUGAGUUGUCUGCACUUCAGGCCCAGCUGCGGCGGGAGCAGCUGAAGGUGCAGUCGCUGGAGAAGAGCCUGGAUCAGAAGGAGAAGGAGGCUGAAGAGCUCACCAAGCUUUGUGAUGAACUUAUCACCAAAGUCCAGAAAGGUUGAGCUCAUUUGUAAAUACUGUAUAUUUUAAUGAAUUUUUUCUUGUUUUUCAUUGUGUCCUGAUCAUUUUCUCGUGUAGAAUGUAUGUCUAGUUAUCAACGUUCUUUAUGAUACUGUAAAAAGAGAGUUAAUAAAGAGGUUUCACAAGUUUACUCAUAACUUUUCUGAUAACUGUUCAAUUAGUUAAUUAACUUCUGCAGUAACUUCUUACAUACCACUAGAGGGCAGUGUUGGUCUUAUUGUUUUGAAUCUUGGCAUCUGGGUUUUGGAUUUGAAGCAUUAUUUAUGGAUAUGGAAGUAACAUGGCUAUUUGAAGGGCAAAAGUAGUUCUGUGUAGAAUUUCUGCUUUAAACAGACAACCUAUUCUAUGUACUCACCCCUCAUCUGUCUGGAGCCAAAGCUCAUCCCCAUCCUGCAACGCUUACAACAAAACAAGAGCUCACCUGACACAAUGCUCCCCUUCUUUCCUGAGCAAUCACUGGGUCCCGUCACAUCACUCCCGGAGCAGGACAAUGCACUUCCUAAAUGGUGAAAGGAAAUCCUACCUAGAUUGGAGUUGAAUGAGGUGGUAGUGCAGACCAAGGGGGGCGAGGGUCGAUUCACUUUAAAUGGGGAAAAGAUGCUGGUCACUCGGUGUAGUCUUGCAGAGCCCAUCACUCAUCUAAAAAGGGACUGUGUGAGACUGCGCUUGUGUCUGCAUGGUAUCUAUUCAGUCAUUCAUCCCAGCAACUUCUGUCCCACUGCUGGCUGCCCUCUGUGUCACCCUCAGCAGACUCUUGAACUCCCUCAAAGGAAGAAAGCUGACCUGUCUGUACCUGGCCUGUACUGUAUGUUUUAGGACAGCUAACUGCCACUGUUACAUUAUGGUUUUCACAAGGACUUUUACGCCUUCAUUAGCAAGCACAGACAGCGGCCUUGGAAGAAUAUUCAUGGGUUUUUUGUUCAUUCAUUAGCCUUCGUGGAGAUUGAAUUUGUUUCGAUCAUUUAAUAAAACUACCAAACCAU